UAUGAAAUUCUAAUUGGCAUCACGUGAAUUUCAAGCAAAAUGUUUGGAAUACGGUGUCGUCUGCAAACUGUGUUUCAGCACCUUUAUAAAACUAAAAUACUAUAUACUAAUAAUUUUUGUUGUCUCAGUGGGUACGCAAUAACAUAUAAGGAAUAUGGAGACCCCAAUAGUGUUUUGGAACGUACCGAAUAUGAUGUUCCUGAUAAAUUGGAAGGAGGACAAGUGUUGUUAAGAAUGUUGGCAGCUCCGGUAAACCCUGCUGAUAUCAACAUGAUUCAAGGAAAAUAUGCUAUAAAACCGAAAUUGCCAGCUAUUGGAGGAAAUGAAGGUGUUGCAGAAGUGUUGAAGGUGGGAUCAUUAGUAAAGAACUUGAAAGUUGGUGCUUGGGUUAUUCCUGCUUCUGCUGGUUGGGGAACAUGGAAAACUCUAUGUGUGUGUAAUGAAGACGAAGUGACCAAGAUAGAUGAAACAAUACCCUUAAUUAGUGCAAGCACUGCAGCUGUUAAUCCUUGUACAGCUUACAGGAUGAUAAAAGAUUUCGAGAAUGUAGAAGGUGGAAGUAUCAUCCAAAAUGGUGCAAAUAGUGGAGUUGGACAAGCUGUGAUACAAAUAGCCAAAUAUUUAAAGAUUAAUACAAUCAAUGUUAUACGAGAUAGGCCCAACUUAGAGUCACUGAAAUCAUACUUAAUGUCCUUAGGAGCAACAUAUGUUGUUACAGAAAAUGAGCUAAGAACGCCAACAAUGAGUGAUAUAUUCAAGAACAUUCCAAAACCUAAGCUUGGUCUUAAUUGUGUGGGAGGUAAAAGUGCUGCUGAGCUAAUACGUCACAUGGCAGAUAAAGGUACACUUGUGACUUAUGGCGGAAUGUCAAAACAGCCUCUCACAAUCAGCACAGCAUGUUUAAUAUUUAAUGACAUUAGACUACGAGGUUAUUGGAUGACCCACUGGAACCAUAUUCAUUCCAACGAAGAUAGGACUGCUAUGUUAGAAGAAAUCACAAACAUUAUUAAAAGAGGUAACUUGAAACCACCUGUUUACCGUGAAGUGAAAUUUGAUAAUUUUAAAGAUGCAGUUGCAAAAUCAAUGGAAGCUUACAUUUCCGAAAAGCAAAUAUUAGUAAUGAAAUAACUAAUUGUUACAUAUCAAUGUUGUAUUGUGUAGAGCAUUUGGAAUAUUUUUGAUAGUGUUACUUGUAUAGUUUGUAUGGAAUAAAAUAUUUUUCAUGUAUUUUAAAUAUGGCUUCAAUAAAUAGAAAAUUGACAAUGAUCUAGUCAA